AUGGGGCUGUUCCGGGUUUUGCUCUUAAUUAAUUUUUUGUUUGUACUUAUUGAUGCUAGAAGAUCUUGCGCCAAGCAAUACUACCACCAGAAGGGCGAUGGUGAUCUGCUAGGUGACGUCGCUUUUGGAUGCAUUUGUAAUGCCACUUACUGCGAUGAUAUCGAGCCACUCGGAGCGUUACAGGCAGAAUAUUUUGCGGCCUACAUCUCGACGCAGAGCCUCAACCGGAUGGACAGGAUCGAUUUCUACUUCACGGCGUUUCCAAAUAGCUCAACAAUCGCCAAGGUGGACGCAUCAAAGACAUAUCAGACGAUCUAUGGAUUUGGUGGAGCGAUCACAGACGCUGUUGGUAUCAACCUGCUGAGCCUCAGUCAACCGGUCCGAGACACGCUGAUGAAACAAUAUUAUGGGCCUACCGGCAUCGACUACCGCAUCACACGCGUCCCGAUGGCUUCGUGCGAUUUCUCAACUCGAGAAUACUCAUACUCCGAAGUUGCCAACGAUUUCGAGCUCGCCCAUUUCAACUUGACGCAAGAGGAUUAUUUAUACAAGAUCCCCUUCAUCAAGCAAGCCCAAGAUUUGGUGAAGCAGAACGGCGGCGACUUGAAGCUGUUCACGACGGCCUGGAGUGCGCCCGGGUGGAUGAAGAAAAGUGGCAAGAUGCAGGGCGGCGGCGAAAUGCUUGGCGAACUAUCGGGGCCUUACUACAAAACAUUUGCCAACUAUUAUUUACGGUUCUUCGAGGCCUACCACAACUUAGGUAUUGAUUUCUGGGGUGUAACCCCGAUCAAUGAGCCAAGUGCCGGGCUUGUGCCCAAUUACCGCUGGCAAGCAAUGUUUAUGUCGGCGGAAAUGGAGAGGGACUACAUCCGAGACACGCUGGGUCCCGUGCUCCGAGGCUCGAACCUCACGAAGAAUAUAAAAAUCAUGGCAGGAGAUGAUCAGCGGACAAUGUUCGUCUCGGAGUCGGUGCUGCAGUCAUGGCCGGACAUUAUUCUAGCCGACGCGGCGGCGGCCUCGUUCAUCGAUGGUUUCGCGGUGCACUGGUAUGACGACUGGUUCAUCAUCGAGUCGGAAUUGGCCAAGUCGGUGGCAAAGCACCCGGAGAAAUUUGUAUUAGCCACCGAGGCGUGUACCGGUUACAUGCCCAACGAACAAAACGUGCUUCCCGGAAACUGGGGAAGAGCCGAGCAAUAUGCCCUCGAUAUUAUUGAGGACCUGCGCAGCGGGCUGGUCGGUUGGGUCGAUUGGAAUAUUGUUUUGGAUCAAACGGGAGGGCCAAACUGGGUUAACAACACGGUCGACUCGCCGAUCAUCGCCAACUCCACCGUGGACAACUUUUUGAAGCAGCCAAUGUUCUACGCGUUGGCGCAUUUUAGUUAUUUUGUCAAGCCCGGAUAUCAGCGGGUUGAUCUCGACUUGGGCACCCAGGAGCCUGGGUUGGACGGUGUGGCGUUCGUAUCCCCCGACAGAAAGCAACGGGUUCUGGUGCUCCAAAAUGGAACUCCCUUGAAUAUCACCCUCAGCAUUCAAGAUACGAAGAGACCGACCCGUUUCGGCAAUCUAUUAAUGCCCUCACAUUCAAUCAAGACUGUCGUCUGGAAUAAU